AGUCUUGUACUGUGAACUGAAGUUAAAUAAACUCAAGAGUCAAGACACUUUGCCAUUUUUCAGUAUCACGACCAAAACCUUCUUUACCAUUUCAUCGCGAAGAACAAAUGUGGCGAAGGAGGUUUAGCACCACCGUCUCUGGCAGCGCAGCCGCAUUAAAAGACAAAAAAUGGGACGCACUAAUUAUCGGCGGCGGCCAUAACGGUCUCACAGCAGCAGCUUAUCUCGCCCGUGGAGGUCUCUCAGUUGCUGUCCUCGAACGCCGCCACAUAAUCGGCGGCGCCGCCGUAACAGAGGAGCUAAUUCCAGGUUUCAAGUUUUCUCGUUGCAGUUACCUUCAAAGUCUUCUCCGACCUGCAGUUAUCAAUGAGCUGGAUUUAGCAAAACACGGAUUGAAGCUUCUGAAGAGAAAUCCUUCGUCGUUUACGCCUUGUCUUGAUGGAAGAUACCUUCUCUUAGGGCCUGAUAAGGAUCUUAAUCACUCUCAGAUUUCCAAAUUCUCAAAAGCUGAUGCAGAAGCUUAUCCAAAAUAUGAGAGUCAGCUUGAGAACUUCUGUAAAUUCAUGGAUCUAGUGCUGGAUUCGUCUCCACCUGAAUCUUUGCAACAUAAAUCAUCUCUUAAUGAACAACUGAAGAAUAAAUUACAGAAUUCAGUGUUUUGGGCCAGUUGUUUGCGGCACGCAGCCUCGAUGGGGCAAAAGGAUAUGGUAGACUUUAUGGACCUUUUGUUAUCACCAGCUUCUAAAGUUUUGAAUAACUGGUUUGAGGCAGAUGUUCUGAAGGCAACACUUGCAACAGAUGCUGUGAUAGGAUCUACGGCAAGUGUCCACACCCCGGGAAGUGGUUAUGUUCUGCUACAUCAUGUAAUGGGUGAAACUGAUGGAGAACGUGGAAUUUGGUCAUAUGUUGAAGGAGGAAUGGGCUCAAUAUCCAAUGCUAUUGCUAGUGCUGCUGUGGCAGCUGGAGCUCAUAUUGUAACGGAUGCUGAGGUGUCUCAGUUGUUGAUUAAAAACUCUAGCACUGUCCAUGGGGUGAUUCUGGCUGACGGUACCGAAGUGCAUGCUUCAGUUGUUCUGUCUAAUGCAACACCGUAUAAAACUUUCAUGGAUUUAGUGCCCAAUAAUGUCCUCCCUGAUGAUUAUUUCCGGGCAAUUAAGCACUCUGACUACAGCUCUGCCACAACAAAAAUAAAUGUAGCAGUUGAUAAAUUGCCCCAAUUUCAGUGUUGCAAGUUAGAUCAUUCGCAAGCUGGCCCAGAGCAUGUUGGCACUAUUCAUAUAGGUUCAGAGAGCAUGGACGAGAUUCAUUCUGCAUCUGAAGAUGCGGUGAAUGGAAUACCAUCAAGAAGACCGGUCAUUGAGAUGACGAUUCCUUCCGUAUUGGACAAAACUAUAUCUCCACCAGGUAAGCAUGUGAUAAACCUGUUUGUGCAGUAUACACCCUACAAACCAUCGGAUGGGGACUGGCAAGAUCAUGACUACAGAGAAUCAUUUGCUCAAAAGUGCUUUGCAUUGAUUGAUGAAUAUGCACCUGGUUUCAGCACAUCAGUAAUUGGUUAUGACAUGCUGACUCCACCAGAUCUUGAAAGGGAAAUCGGUUUGACAGGAGGAAAUAUAUUUCAUGGUGCUAUGGGUUUGGAUUCACUUUUCCUCAUGCGACCUGUAAAAGGAUGGUCAAACUAUAAGACUCCACUUAAAGGUUUAUACUUAUGCGGAAGUGGAGCACAUCCUGGCGGUGGAGUUAUGGGAGCACCUGGACGAAAUGCUGCCAAUUUAGUUCUUCAGGAUGUCAAAAAAACAUGAGUGAUAAGUAGCUGACACCAAAGUUGUUAAUGCCUGCAAAUAGGCUUGGAAAGAUAUGUCUUUCAGUGGUAUUUAUAUGCAGAAGCUUUUUGUGAUGUAUCGGUUAGAAGGAUCGCAAAAUUGAUCUACCAAAUUAUAUUAACAAUUGCAGAUGUUGUAACGUGUAUUUUAGAAAACUCCUGUAAUCCUUUAAGACAAGCUGGCAAUUGUGCUAUGCACUAAUUCCAGUAAUUACUGUAUGAUACAGGAAAUCCAGUAUUCUUCAUGGAUUACAAUUGUGCCAAUUUUUUAACAAGUUCUUCUUGCAAUGUAUCAGAUAGAAGGAUGACAAAAUUGAUCUUUUUUUUUUUUUUGAAUGGCAGAUGACAAAAUUGAUCUACCAAAUUAUAUUAAGUUAUUAACAAAUGCACAAGUUUGCAUUUGGUAACAUCUCUCUCUUCUCCGUUCUGCAUUCUACCAUUUCACCUUCAACAAACUUAUGAAAGCAUGGGUAUUCCGGUUAA